AUGACGGUAACUGAUUUUCUUCCUCUUGUGGAAAAGAUUAGAAAAAGAAUUGGUUCUUGGACAGGCAGAUUUCUCUCUUAUGCGGGGCACUUGCAGUUGAUAAACUCGGUGAUUAGAAGCUUAACAAACUUCUGGAUGGCAGAUUUUAGGCUACCAAGCGGAUGCAUAAAAGAAAUCGAUCGGAUAUGCUCUGCUUUUUUGUGGUCGGGUCCAGAAUUGAAUGGACGAAAAGCAAAGAUAUCUUGGUCUGAGGUCUGCAGAACGAAGCAAGAAGGUGGUCUGGGCUUAAGACCUCUCAAAGAAGUUAAUUUGGUGUCUGUUUUGAAGCUACUAUGGAGGGUUCUAUCAGCAAAGUCCUUAUGGGUAAACUGGAUAAAAAUUUAUCUCAUUAGAAAAAGCUCGAUAUGGAUGAUCAAGGAGAGUACUCAAGGAGGGUCAUGGAUGUGGCGUAAGAUUUUGAAAUGUCGAGAACUUGCAAAGUCUUUCUAUAAGGUGGAAGUGAGAAAUGGAAGUGAAACCUCUUUCUGGUAUGAGAAUUGGUCCUCUUUGGGUUGUUUGCAUGAUACAUUGGGAGAUGGUGGCUAUAUUGAUCUGGGAAUCUCUGCAACUGCCACUGUGGAGGACAGUAGAAAUCAUAGAAGAAGAAAUCAUCGGGUUCAAUUCCUCAAUACUAUUGAAGUGGAGAUUGAGAAGUUUAAAAGGAAUUGGUCCCAAGAGGAGGAUAUAUCUUUAUGGAAGAAUGACAAAGGCAAGUAUAAGAAGAGUUUCUCAACAAAGGAUACAUGGCUCUGUAUAAGAGAGAAGCAUGUACUUUACUCAUGGCACAAAAUGAUUUGGUUUAAGCAUGCUACACCGAGAGAUGCUUUUGUUUCUUGGAUGGCUGUAAGAGGUGUGGGAAGCGUAAUGAGAGGAACUCUUAGGGAUCAGUACACGACUAGGUGGGAGAGUCUUAUACAAAUGAUCUCAGGAGGAAACUCAGGUUGGAGCAAGGUGAAGAUAUUCACGGUGAGAUACAUGUUUCAAUCUGCAAUCCACAUGUUAUGGAGAGAGAGAAAUGGGAGACGUCAUGGAGAACCUCCAUCACCUGUAGCGGUUCUAAUUAAAAGAUUAGACAAGAAUAUGAGAAACAUAUUCUUGGUUAUCCAGAGAAGAGGAGACUGUGAGUACAAGAAGGGAUUGGAGAAUUGGUUUGAAUCUCGCAGAGAAGUGAUUUCAGUAAGAGUGAGAGCUGAUGCCUAG